AUGACAGUUUCAGAAAAUACUACUGAAAUCAAUGUUGAACAAAGUGGAAUGAGUCCACCGAGUAGUGAGCUGAGCAAGUUAUCCUCAAAUUAUGUUCAGCAACAAGACAUAGAAACAGGCUCUUCUCGUUUUGAGUGCACAAACGUGGAACAAGAAAGUGCUUCUAAAAUUAAUACAUCAACUGACAUUCCCACCUCUGCAUCACAGAGUGACAAGAGUUCAAAUGAUCUGAUAUGUCAUUUAUGCGGACAAAUAUUCAAGAAGGCAAUGGCUUUGUAUCGUCACAAAUUGGAACACGAUGACACGGGGACGUUUCCAUGUAGAUUUUGUAACUUUGUUACCAAUUCAAAAGACAGUAUAACCAGACACGCCAAAAAACACCUGGCACAGCUUCCACAUAUCUGUAAUAGCUGUGGCAAAGGUUUUACCGAAAAGUGUCAUUUAACUUUUCAUAUGAACUCUCAUUCCAAUGACAGGCACUACCUGUGUGACGAUUGUGGUAAAUCCUUUCGUGCUCGGCAGUCCCUGGCUGCUCACAAGCGGUCACAUUUGGGAGCCAGGCCCUUUAAAUGCAAGUACUGUGAUCUGGCUUUCAUAACAGGAAGUGGGAAGAAAGAACAUGAGAAAAUCCACCUGAAUAAAAAGACCUAUAUGUGUGAUUCAUGUGGGAUGUCCUUCAGUCAGAGGUGUGGUUUAUACACCCAUAAACUCACCCACCAUAAUGACAAACAAGCAAAGAUCUGCCCAGAGUGUGGAAAGGCAUUCAAACCUGAACACUACCUUAGAUCCCUCUUUGUCUCUAGGCAUCUCAAUCUGGAGGAUGUGAACAGUUCACAUCCUCCAGUUUGA